CCCGGAGGCCUCGGGCACGGUGGGCAGAGCCAGAGCUGCAGGAACCAGAACCCCGGCGCGCGGCCUCUGGAACGCUGGCCGUCUGGACCGAGUACAGCAUCUCCCGCCCGCGCCGCCGGAGCCUGCCUUCGGUGCGCAACCAGGGAGAAAGGCCGGCGCCGCUGGAGACCGGGAUCACAGAUUCUUCUUUAAUCUCAGAGCUGCGGGCAGUUGGUGCUGCCCCUGCCGCCCCACCAGGGCCGGCUAAAUCUGCAGUUUGUGUCCCGUUUGCACUAUGGAUCCUUCGGAGAAGAAGAUAUCGGUGUGGAUCUGCCAGGAGGAGAAGCUGGUGUCCGGUCUCUCCCGCCGCACCACUUGCUCGGAUGUAGUGCGGGUUCUGUUGGAGGACGGCUGCCGGCGAAGACGGAGGCAGCGGCGGGGCCAGCGAAGGGGGAUGGCCGGAGACCCUCAAGGCCCAGGGGAACUGCCAGAACCCCCGGAUGAAAACGACGACGACGACGAUGAGGCGCUGUCCCAGGGCAUGCUGUGCGGGCCCCCGCAGUGCUAUUGCAUCGUGGAGAAGUGGCGUGGCUUUGAGCGCAUCCUGCCCAACAAGACGCGCAUCUUGCGCCUCUUAUCCGCCUGGGGCGACGAGCAAGAAAACGUGCGCUUCGUAUUAGUUCGCAGCGAGGCGUCGCUCCCCAACGCAGGUCCGCGCAGUGCGGAGGCGCGGGUAGUGCUCAGCCGCGAGCGCCCCUGCUUGGCCCGGGGAGCCCCGGCGCGGCCCAGCCUGGCCAUGACCCAGGAGAAGCAGCGGCGGGUGGUGCGCAAGGCCUUCCGCAAGCUGGCCAAGCUCAACCGGCGGCGCCAGCAGCAGCCGUCGCCUUCUCCCUGUUCGUCCACUUCAUCGUCCACUGCCUCGUCUUGUUCGUUGCCGCCGCAGGCCCAUGAGAGUGCGUCUGUGGAGCGCAUGGAGACGCUGGUGCAUCUGGUGCUCUCCCAGGACCACACCAUCCGCCAGCAGGUGCAACGGCUUCUGGAGCUGGACCGAGAAAUCGACCGCUACGAAGCCAAGGUGCAUCUAGACCGUAUGCGACGGCAUGGGGUGAACUACGUGCAGGACACUUACUUGGUGGGGGCAGGGAUAGAACUCGAUGGGCCCAUCCCGGGCGAGGAGCCCGAGGAGGUAGCGGUAGCGGAGGAGGUACCAGCGGCGCCCCUGGACGGUGAGGCUCAGGCGGCAGCGCUGGAGGAGCUGGCCCAGCGCUGUGACGAACUGCUGCAGCUGCAGGAGCAGCGAACCCAGCAGGAGGAGUUGCUGGAGCGACUCUCCACCGAGAUUCAGGAGGAAUUGAACCAGAGAUGGAUGCGGCGGCGCAGGGAAGAACUGGCGGUGCGAGAGGAGCCCCCGGAGCCCGACGGCGGCCCGGACGGCGAGCUGCUGCUGGAGCAGGAGCGGGUCAGGACGCAACUCAGCACCAGCCUUUACAUUGGGCUCAGGCUCAACACGGACCUGGAAGCCGUCAAGGCGGACUUGGAUUACAGCCAGCAGCAGCGGGACAGCAAGGAGCGUGAGCUGCAGGGCCUUCUCCAGACUUUGAACACUUUGGAGCUCACCAUAGUGCAGGAGGGGGCUUCUGGCCCCAGCGGACCCACGCGGGAACCCCAGCCUCAGGCCUGCGCCGAGAUGUGGGUGGACCAGGCUCGCGGACUGGCCAAGAGCUGUCCUGGCAACGACGAGGACUCGGAUACUGGACUGAGCUCUAUGCACAGCCAGGACUCGGAUUCUGUGCCUGUGUGCGAAUCCCUGGUGUAGGAGAAGCAGGAAGGGAGCCAGAGACUGAAAUGUCUCCCUUUCCUGCAGCAGGCAUUGGACUCGCCAGCUCAGGGACCCCAAAUCAGGCUGGGGUGAGCCCGGAGCUGCUGCCUGGCCUCAGGUCUCCAACCGGAUCGGGGAAGGGUUGGGGAUGCCUGCUGGGCACUGGCUCUUCUCUGAUUACAGGGGACCCUCUGUGUUGCCAAAAGGAGCCUGCCCUCCUGACCUCCUCAAGCCACCAUCUGUGCUGUCUCCUCCUAGAGACAGCCCCACCUUGGAUACUGCCACUGCCAUGGUAUUACAACACGUGUGUGUGUGUUCAGAGUUUCAAGUAAAAUCAGAAUUAAAAGGCCAUUUUCUUAA